AAAAUAGAUUUUUUAAGCCAUUAGAAGACUGCUGCGGAAUUCGCGUGGCCAAGGCAUUGAUGGUGAUGAAGAAGAUUUUCGGACACCAAAAAAUGCGAGAUUUUUACGCCUCAUGAAAACCUUACCCAUAAUAGUUUGCGAAAAGAAGCAACAAAAGUAGGUCUUUCAAAGAAAAAUAGUAGUAGUUCAUAUGCAGAUGCUUGAUUAAGAUAGAGAGAUUGUGGACAUAUUAAUAUGCAUCGUAUGGUAAAGUUAAGAAUGUUGCAUUUGUUGGGGCCGAAGAGCAGGAGGGACAGGGUGGAGAUGGAGGCAGCCGACGUCCAAUAAUAAGAAGAACAUUUUUACAUUGCAGUGAGAGAGAAGGUUGCUUGUAUCCUCCUCCUCCAUGAUAUUUGAGGCAGCUUGUUAUUGUUGUUGUUAUGGAUUGGAUGAAGAAGAAGAGGGGGUCUUCUUCUUCUUCAUUGUGGUUGGAAAUUGAUGGAUGGCGGUCCUGCGGUAUGACGGAGACUUGGAGUCCGAGAUGGGGUGGGGGAAGGGCCUGGUGAGGAGGAAGAUCGGGCCGUUAGGGCUUAGGAAUUUAGGGAACAGCUGCUACCUUAACAGCGUCCUGCAAUGCCUCACUUACACCCCUCCCCUCGCCCUCUUCUGCCUCAAGAAGCAGCAUUCCUCUCUUUGCGACUCUGUGAAUUUGAACCAGAAGCAAGACUGCGCAUUCUGUAUACUGGAGAAGUGGAUUCAUAAGUCGCUAACAGUAGAGCUAGCGAUGGAUGCCCCUUCAAAGAUUCAGAGUUCUCUUCAUAUUUUCGCAAAGCCCUUCCAGAGCGGUCGGCAGGAGGAUGCCCACGAGUUCCUGCGCUAUGUGAUUGAUGCCUGUCAGAACACCUGCCUCAAGCUGUUGAGAGAGAAGAACAAGGCGGCAGAGAGGGGUGGGGAAGUGAAAGCCAACAGCACGAUCGUUAAGGAGAUAUUUGGGGGUGUGUUGCAGAGUCAAGUGAAGUGCCUGUCUUGUAACAUGGAGUCGAAUACGUUGGACGACAUUAUGGAUAUCAGCCUCGAUGUCUACCAGAGCACAUCCUUGAAGGAUGCGUUGCGUCGCUUCUUCCAGCCAGAAGUGUUGGAUGGAAGCAACAAGUACAAGUGUGACAAGUGUAAGAAGUUGACAGCAGCUAGGAAACAAAUGUCUAUUUUCCGAGCCCCAUAUGUCCUUGUGAUCCAGCUCAAGAGAUUUGAGGGUAUACACAGCGGGAAGAUAGAUCGAGCUAUUGCAUUUGAAGAAUCUUUAGAGCUAUCUGCUCACAUGUGUAAAGCAGGCCAAGAUCUUCAACCGGAGUAUAGCCUUUUCGGUAUUAUUGUCCAUUCGGGCUACUCACAGGAUUCUGGGCAUUAUUAUGCAUACGUCAAGGAUGCAACUGGCCGCUGGUUUUGCUGUAACGAUUCUCAUGUUUCAGUUGCAACUACACAGGAUGUUUUGUCCGAAAAGGUAUAUAUAUUGUUUUUCAUUCGUACCAAUCAAGGAUCUAAGUCAAGGAAAUCUGGCUUCGCAUCAAUUGGAGUGAAGCCUUCAGUUUGCAAUGGGAAUGGUACUUCAGUUAGCCAAAAAUUAUGUGAACCUGUAGAACCACCAGCUAACAGGCCAUCAACUGCCAAAAUUUAUCAGAAGUAUUCUUCUCCAUGCCUAGAGACAGGUAAAGUGCUCCUCAAGCCACAGAUAAAAUUUGCCAAUCUGAAGCCUGCUGCUUCUGAGUCCCAAAGAUCCGAUGCAAAUGGGAAAGUUAUUCAAGAGGUCUACAAUAGAGCAUCAAUUGAGAAACAUGUAAAUUCCAAGGAAUCAACAGUUUCUGUAGCCAAAGAGAAUUUGCCUUCUUCCAUACAUCUCAAUGCUAAUGGAAACAGACCUGCUGAUUCUUCCCCUGAAAUAAAAAAUACAUUUUUUAGUGGCAGUGUUGAUGAUCAGAAGGUCAAUGAAUGUUUCAACAAAUCAAACCAUAUCGAUCAUACUGAUAAAGUUUCUGUAGGAGAGGACAAAGGAGUGGUUUCUAAGAAUUCACAUUAUGGGAAUGGAAACUACCACUGUGAUAGAUCAGUAUCCAAAAGAAAGUCGCAUGAUAAUAGCAGUGCAGAUGUUGACACAUCUGUUGCUGCCAACUCAUGCAGCUCAUCCAAGCAUGAUGCUGGGGGCGAAAUUGCAAUUGAUUCAUGCAGAAAGAUGGACCUUGCAGAAUAUAAGCAAAUGCUUGCUCGAGUAGGCCGUUCAGAUCUGCUGUCAUGCGGUUGGUGUGAUGAAGUGCGAGAUUUCAUGCGUGCUAGAAAGAAGUUGUGUAGAGGAUCAGCAAGCAGCAUUACCAAUAGUGUCGAGUUGAAGAAGAUGCUGGUGGCAGAAGCAAAGGAAAAAUUUAUUCCUCUCGUUCCAAACUCAGUGAAGGAGCGUCUUAUCGGAUCUCUUCAAAUGUUCAGUUGGGAGAAACAGUGAUUGGAUUUAUGCGCAGUCAAUAUGUUGUAUUCUAAGCUCGUAUUGCUGCUGGAACUGAUUUACAUAGGAUAAACAAAUGCAAGCCGGUUCCCCUUGCGUGACAUGUACAAUAGCGGUGACCAUGAGAUUCAGAUUUGUUGUUACCUGACGGCCCGGUCGAAAAAGUUCCUUGUGUGUUCUGUGAUCCGGACGGCAAAUUUUCGAUCAUUGUGGCUGCAGCUUCGUUUUUGGCGGUGGUUUUAAUUCUUGCAACAUGGAAUUCCAGAGUGUAUUAUAUUUGUUUCCCUUUUCCUUUAUGCUAGUACACUUAAUCUCAAUCGAAAGGGUAGCCUAUGUUAGAGGUGAGCAUCCGGAAAUUUGGUCUUUUAGCAUCAUCGAGUUCAGCUUUUUCGUUCUGACUUUGUAUCUUUGGUUUCCAUCAACAAAACAAUGGAGCCAGAGAAUUUUACCUUUCCAUAGAUUAGAGGGAGUAAAUUGUCACUACAAUAUUUUUGUAUACGAAAGGGUCGGUUCCAGUUGUGAUGUUCCGAGUACUGUUUUAUAUUUACAUAGAUCGAGCCUCUUGGUUUCUUGAUUUC